AUGACCAGCCUUUGUUUUGCUCCCAGACUAAUUCCCAUAUUAGGAUACUCCUACGACAUCUUAUGUGUUCGAAGAGAAUUCGUUAGUACAUUUGUUUCUCAUUUUCUCCCUUCCCACUUUGAACCUUCUGAGAACUGGUCAGCUUUAGCUGCUUCUAUUCGAUUAUUCAAUAUCUGUUAUCAACCCAAGCCAUAUGCCUCAAAAUACCUUACGAACAGUUCUGCAGAAGCGUACGACUGUUUGCGUUAUUUCACGAAGCAAAAUGGUACCUUCGUGCAUCUGGUGCCUUUUUCUUUACUGCAUAUUUCCCGUACGUUGAAUUUACCCCUGACAUGCAUAACGGUCUUUUCAGAUUGUACCUCAAAACGUGAAAAUAAUUUUGUGCGUUUCCCUUUAACUGAUAAUCCGUACACCCAAUCUUUUCGAAAAAACUUUGGCAUGAUAUAG